GAACAAGGACUAAUAAAAUUCCUGCAAAUAGCUUCGUUGAUUAGAAUUAAUAUCAUGGACAACAAAACUGAGGAUCUUAAUCCACCCGAGAAGACCAUUUUUACUACUAUAGCUCAAGGAGAUGUAACCGAAUUCAAUAAUAUACUUGCUCAACACAAGGGCAGCGUCGAUUUCUUAGACGAAAAUGGUAUGACCGCACUUCAGCACGCCGCUUAUAAGGGUUGUAAGGAUAUGGUGCAAUUACUACUCGAUAGGGGCGCGGACGUUAAUUGUGGAAAUCAUGAAUACAACUAUACGGCAUUACACUUUGGCGCUUUGUCUGGUAAUUCCGACGUUUGCAAGUUACUCCUGGAUGCGGGCGCCAAGCCCCAAUCGACGAACUCCGUGGGACGAACUGCCGCUCAAAUGGCUGCGUUUGUAGGAAACCACCAUACUGUCGCAACUAUAAACAACUAUAUACCUCGUAGUGAGAUUGCUUACUAUUCAGUGCCUCAAGGACUACAAACGGAGGCUUACUUGCCUCCUAUUCUAGUUGAUACCCUACAUAGAUUUGUUCUCGGUGUAAACAUCCACCCUGUGAGGUUAGCUUUAAACUUGCAACAUGCCUCCGGACUAUUGGACAAUGCUGAUAAAGUUAGUAAAGUUUUAGAAAUGUUGUGUAAAAGAGAAAUGACUAGAGGUAGUGAAACUAAUGAGGUUAUGGCUUUUAAGUAUCAUUACCUUGCAUAUAUUAUUAAGGAAAUCCAUAAUAUUAAGGAUAAACAGAAACCAAGUGCGGAGAGUGACAAGAAACAUGAUGUUGUGGAGAUUUUUGCUAAAAAGCUGUUGAAGCCCGGUAGGGAUGGUUAUUCCUUAGAUCUGAUGGAUUCCUUCUUAAAGGAUUGUGUUAGAGAGUUUCCAUAUAGAGAAUGCACUACUUUUCAUCAAAUGGUGACUGCGUUGACUAGUAAAGACCCUCUGCCAGCAUUUUCAGUGAUAAAUUGCACUCUAAAUGGCCAGCGAGGGUUCAUUGACAAUAUUCCCUAUUGUAGCACAUGUGGGGAGGAGAAACCAGCCAAGAAGUGUUCCAAAUGCAAAACAGUGCAAUACUGCGAUAGAGAAUGCCAGCGUCUACACUGGUUUGUUCAUAAAAAGGCCUGUAACAGAGAGUCAAGUGUUGCCGCACCUACAAGUAAUUCCAAAGUGAAUAUCGACCCUUCUGAAUUAACUGCAGAGCUACAAAAUCUUGUUGCUGGAUAGAAGCAUAUGUACCAAUUAUUUAAAUAAAUCAAAAUGUAUACCAUAUUUUAUACCACAACUGUGUACACAUGUAUUAACAAUAUUUGUUACUUUAUACCAUCAAAACUAAACAAUUGUUUGAAACAAUUAACAGUUUUUGUAAUGAUUCACAUUGCAAUUGAUGUAAUCUUUGAGACCAGCGUUUUUAUUGUUUAUGAUAUAAGUAAUCAGUGAUUUAUUAUCACAUUGAAUAUAAAUUGGAUCAAAAAUGAUGAUUUAUUCAAUACCUUUAACUAUAAGCUUUGGUAUGUCAGUCAUUGAUGCUAGAAAGUAAUGUUAUAUGUAAAUAUGGAUGUUGUAUAGCACAUAAUUUUAUUUUGCAAUGAAAAAUAUCACAAAUC